CCCCCGUCCUACAACGAGACCUCGAAGCAUGGGCGGUGAGGAUGCUUCGGGGCCUCGAGGCUUCGGUAUCCUGGGGGCAAACACCGUCAGGAUUCUGAUGGGCACGCUGGUCACCUUCAUCGCCGUCGUCCUCGUCAGUCUCGUUGGGUUCUGGUAUCAAGGUUGUCCGAAAGGAGGAUUUCGGUGUCGAGACGGAGCGUGUCUCCCGAGGAACAUGUGGUGUGACAACGUGACAGAUUGCCUUGACGGUGAAGACGAGAGUGCCGAAAAUUGCUUGUUGCCUCCGGGCCCGAGUCCUGAGCUUAUAAUGGAUCUCCUCGAUAGCAUGAAAAAGUGCGACCUGUGCGUGUGUCCGCGCUGGAGCAGCUUAGCGAACUGUGAGCCGGAGCCGAAGGACAACACGAGCAUGAGCGAGUGUAAGGCAGGGAGCGACGUCCUACCACGCCCCUUCCCCAGUCCCUUCGUUAGGAACCCUCGGAGUGAACGCCCGUUGACUUCCCCGAUUGCCCAUGUCAGUCCCCACGCCCCUCCUGUUAAGAAGGGCGAAGUGGGAGACUUUGCCGAUGGGAAGGAAUACAUAUUGUCGAGAAGCAGCGCGGAUCGACUUCGUGCAGGUCCUCCCGCUGGGCCGCGUCGCAGGAGGGCCCAUUCUGAAGGGGAGUUGGGCCACAGAAGUCCCUGGAAUUUCGAUCUGCGCCGAGUGAUGCGUUUCAAGCCAUUUCGUUCGUUCAGUGACGUGACGCAAGAAUACAGUCACAGUAAAGAGGAUGGUGAAAGAGUGAGCAAACCCACGUGGGGGACUUCGAACGUUGGCACAGGAAGGAAAAUGAAUAAUCGGCUGAGGAGGACUGGGGAAUACGCGACUGAGAUCACAACCACUGCUCGUAAACGGCUCUCAUAUUCAGUCGCGUGUGACAGUUCCUUCGUGGACACAGGAUUUUGCGACGGUGUUGCACAGGAUAAAACUAGCGCAAGACUUCACAUUUCUGCUGCAGGGCCUCCUGGAAGCCUUCUUGUUUCUCACACCCUUCCAGCGAACACAGACCUAUCCAGUAACACCGACUUGAACAAAGCCACCCAUGCUGAUAUGAUAAGUUCCUCAGGUAUGAACAGAGUCAGCAAAACCGCUUCACAUGUAGACCUCAAGACCGAAAAAACUAAACAACAAAACAAGCAAACGAUUGAGAAGAACGAGACCGGACUGGCGGGAAAACCGACGCAUGACAGCGUGGGAUUCGACCUAGCUGGCGGCCCAUGCAAACCGAGGUCAAGGCUCUGUCGGCCGAAGAAAAGAGAAAGGCGAUACCUCAGCUCGGGCGUGCCGCAGAUGGGUCAUGGGCACGGAGGCGGUCGCAGCAAUCGGAAGCCAUUUCCCAAAAAACGCCUCGAGGGUGGACGGUACAACAUACUGCAGCGUCGGGGUCAAGGCACAGCCCCACCGCCCGAGAGAGACUUGCAGGGCCAGCUGAUCCUCAACAUGAGGAGAGUCGAACACCACAAUGAGACCCGAAGUGCCUACGACGUCGAGGAAGUGGUCGACCCCGAGAUCAACGACUGCUUCUGCGAGUACAGUUCCCAGCUGAAGUGUCUGGGGGAACGGAUCACCAAAAUCCCCAGUAGAAUCGUGGGAAAUGUCACUUGGUUCAUCGUCAGGAUGAGUUCGGUCCAGAAUCUCGAGGUGGAAGUGAUGGCUCAAUAUCCAAGUCUUAGAAUAAUGUAA